ACAGGCAGUAGCGCAGGCGUACAUGCAGGUCGGUCGUCGCUGACAUUUUCAGAUUUUCUUCUCCGCCACCGCACCGAGCCGUGCGUGCGUGCAAGCUGCAGGUCUAGCCACCGAUGGAUUUCGUGUGGGCGGUUGUGGCGGCGGCCGCGGCGGUGCUGGCAACGUGGGUGCUGAGCGCGCUGGUGUGGAGGCCGCGCGCCAUCGCCCGGCAGCUCCGCGCGCAGGGCGUGGCCGGGCCGGGCUACAGGUUCCUGGCCGGGAACCUCGGCGAGAUCAAGCGGCUCCGCGCCGCCACCGCCGGCGCCGUGCUGGACGUCGGCUCCCACGACCUCGUCCCCAUGGUGCAGCCUCACAUGCGCGAAUGGAUCCCCGUCCACGGACGCACGUUCUUGUACUGGUUCGGAGCGCGGCCGACCCUGUGCGUGGCGGACGUGAGCAUGGUGAGCCAGGUGCUCCUGGACCGCACCGGGCUGUACCCCAAGAACACCGGGAACCCGCACAUCGCCCGCCUGCUCGGCAAGGGGCUCGUGUUCGCGGACGGCGACGAGUGGAAGCGCCACCGCAAGGUCGUCCACCCUGCCUUCAACAUGGACAAGCUCAAGGUGAUGACGGCGACCAUGUCGGACUGUGCCGGGUCAAUCAUGUCGGAGUGGAAAGCGAAGGUGGACGAGGGAGGCGGCGCGGCGGAGAUCGAGCUGGGCAGCCAGUUCGAGGAGCUCACCGCGGAUGUCAUUUCCCACACGGCGUUCGGAGCUAGCUACAGAGAGGGGAAGCGAGUCUUUCUCGCGCAGAGGGAGCUCCUAUUCCUUGCCUUCUCCACCGUUUACAAUGUCCAAAUCCGGGCAUUUAGGUACCUGCCAACGCAAAAGAACCUCAAGAUAUGGAGGCUCGACAAGGAGGUGAGGGGCAUGCUCACCGACAUCAUCAAGAGUCGGCUCGCAACCAAGGACACCAUGGGGUACGGGAACGACCUGCUCGGGCUGAUGUUGGAGGCGUGCACUCCGGAGGAGCACGGCCAGGAACCGCUUCUAAGCAUGGACGAGAUCAUAGACGAGUGCAAGACCUUCUUCUUCGCUGGCCACGACACUAGCUCGCACAUGCUUUCAUGGACCAUGUUCUUGUUGAGCACACAUCCAGAAUGGCAGCAGAAGCUCAGGGCGGAGGUGGUGAGAGAGUGCGGUAAUGAGGUUCCCGCCGGUGACGUGCUCAACAAAUUGAAGCUAAUCAACGUGUUCCUGCUAGAAACUCUUAGGUUAUACAGUCCUUUGUCGACCAUUCAGAGAAAGGCAGGUUCAGAUCUUGAGGUCGGUGGCAUCACGGUGCCCAAAGGCACGGUCCUGACCAUCCCCAUCGCGACGAUACACCGUGACAAGGAGGUAUGGGGAGAGGAUGUCCAUGAAUUCAAUCCUCUCAGGUUCGAAAACGGAGUGAUGCGGGCAGCAAAGCAUCCUAAUGCAUUCUUGUCUUUCUCUGGUGGGCCAAGGUCGUGCAUUGGGCAAAACUUCGCGAUGAUCGAGGCCAAGAUUGUGAUCGUUAUGAUUCUUCAGAGGUUCUCCUUCUUCCUAUCCCCUAAGUAUGUCCAUGCCCCCAUGGACGUGAUCACACUACGGCCCAAGUUUGGUCUUCCCAUGGUCCUCAAGAGCCUAGAGAUGUAGAGGCAUGUGUAAUGUGUUGAGUAUAACACAAGAUUUUAUAUUUGUUUGACUAGGGUAUAGUUUAUGUUGUACACUAGAUAUGUUUGUGUAACCGCUAUAAGCUCUUGUUUGGGCUCAGAAACCCCACACAUUCAACUACAUUGAUGUUGCUAGCUGACUAGUUGCAAAUAAUUCAUGCAAGCACGGUGAAUUUACCGCCCCUCCAACCCACACGACAACUUGGGCUU